AUGCCUGCGCCCAGCUUGAGGUUACUGGAAACACUGCUACGACCAUGCCUGGCACUGGUGUUAAGAUUCCCGGCGUCUAUAAGCAAGCUGAUGCGGCCGUUAACUUUAGUCUUUGGGGCAGCUCAACCUCCUAUAACACCAUCCCUGGCCCCGAUGUUAUCCCUGGCGGCACCACCCGCGGCAGCGCCGACGGAUCUUCCGGCGAUAAGUCCGUUACCGUCGCUGGACCCAGCUCCGCCUCGUCGGAUGUUGGCGCCAAGGCCGACUGCUGAGCGACAGCGUUGA